AUGGUACAUUUACUUAUAUAUUUUUUUUCUCUUAUAUUUUUCUCCAGUAGGUCGAUUAUAUUGUCAAUUUGUACGUGUUUUGCUUGCGGUAUUUUUUUUGCAACGUGCUUUUUGGGAUUGAUUCCACAUAUACGAGCACAUGAGACAAAAAUUCAUUUUAUGAUUCUUGUAGGCUUUAGCCUUAUUCUGUUUUUGGAACAGGUUUUUAAUUUUUAUUUGUCUUUUAUUUUUAAAUUUUUGUGUUACAAAUUUCAAGGACAUGGAACUCAUUCGCUUAGGAUUCCCAUCAAUUUUAGUCAUCAGUUUUUUCACUCAUGCGCUUUAUUAUUCGGAUUAUGUUCCCAUUCUAUUUUUGAAGGGAUUGCUUUAGGUAUGCAAAAUAAUGAAAAAGAAUUUUUCAAGUUACUUAUUGCCAUAAUGCUUCAUGAAUUAUUAUGUUCUUUCGCAUAUGGCGUAAGCCUGGCCGAACAGCAAGCUUCAUUUGGUGCAGCUUUCAUCUUCACCGCUAUUCUUGCGUCAAACAUACCUCUAGGAAUUCUGAUGGAUACAUCAGAAGUAUUGUGGUGCCGCUUCUUCUUGGAAAGCUUCGCAACAGGCACAUUUAUAUAUGUAGCCAGCGUCGAAAUGCUCAGUGAGGAGUUACAAGCAAAAUUUACGAAUAUCCCUCUUGUACAUAUAUAUAAAGCCAUUGCUUUUUGUUUUGGCUGUAUUUUUUUCUGCUUCAUCUCUUUAAGUUUUUUUUAUUGA